ACUGGCAGUCGCUCGCGAAAAGUUACGCGUCGAACGCCGAACGAUCGACCGGGGAGUGAGCCGCCGAGUGAGCCGAUCGACAAAUCGACGAGGAUUGCCGGAACAGAAGGAGCCCGAGGCGAUCGACUACGAGCAGCAUGGCUACGGAGGGCGGUUUAGCACCGGAUGCGGCUGGAGGUGCAGGCACCGACGGCAUCGUCGGCGGCCCCAGGACGCCCCAACAAAUCGCCUCGCAAAAGCGGCUACAGGCGACGCAAGCGCAAGUCGACGAGGUCGUCGACAUCAUGAAGACGAACGUCGAGAAGGUCCUCGAGCGCGAUCAGAAGCUCUCCGAGCUCGACGAUCGAGCAGAUGCCCUCCAACAAGGAGCGUCACAGUUUGAACAGCAAGCAGGCAAACUGAAGAGAAAGUUCUGGCUACAGAAUCUAAAGAUGAUGAUCAUCAUGGGUGUUAUCGCACUCAUCGUAUUGGCCAUCAUUGUCGCGAGCUUCACCGGCGGCAGCAAUACGCAAAAUUGAGCGCGAGAGUAAGAGUUAAAGUAAUACAACAACUACAACAUCAGAGAGAAAGAAAGAGAGAGAGAGAGAGAGAGAGAGAGAGAGAGAGAGAGAGAGAGAGAGAGAGAGAGAGAGAAGUAAAAGGAAAAGAAGAGGAAGAGAAAGGAGGAGAAGAGAAGGAAGGAAGGAAUAGUGUCUGAAGAGAGUGAUUUUGCAAAAAGGAGGUGAUUUUUUGAGGAGGGAUAGAGAUCUCGCAAGAAAUCACUAAUUUUGUGAUGAGUCGUUGACGAGCUCUGCCGAAGUUAUCCGCGUUAAUAUAAACGUAUCGGGAUCGAUCGCGCGCGCGGGAAUCGAUCGAUUGAUCGUCGGCCUGGCAUUCAUCGUGGGAGAGGAGGAAGGAUGGACGGCGGAUGAUCGGCGGAAGCAGGGAACGUUGAUCCGUGUGGGAACAACGAAGAGAGCCGUCGUCGCGACGACCGCGGAACUUUCCUGUUACCCUUUGUAGCGGUUUUCUUUUUUCCCUUUCGGAUCAAUCAAAGGAAGUUCGAGGGGUUCACGUUGAACCAAUUCGGUCUCCGUAUCUCGCAUGGACGAAGGUCGUGCACGGCAAUUAACUAACUCUCGUGCGAAAUUCCGCUAAUUAUUUUAUUCCGUUAUUACCAUUUGAUAUUAUUGUUCGCAUAAUUGACAUAAUUUCGUCGUUACCGUGUGCGUUUUGCAAUCGAUGGGUUAUUGCGGGGAAUAUUAAUUUUUCUCCCGUGUUCCGUCGAACGCAAAAUUAAGUUAAAAAUACGCAGAUUUUAAUUAUAGGAUUAUAGAAGAUUUUACCAAACAUACGGCAUUAAAAUACUGCGACUGAUCGCGAUUAAAAUCUCGCGACUAAACACGGCUGUCGCGGCCGAUUGACGAGACGAGGUACUGUAUCGCGCUUACCUUCGUCCAUCUUUGUUAAUUAAGGUUGUCCGAGCAAAGUUAGAAGAAUUGAGAAAUAGAGAAACAAAUGGUUAUUGUAUACAAAGAAGUUCACGAAAGGUUCACGAAAAAAAAGACAGGAGAUUCGUUGUAGCAGCAACAUAUAAUACCUAAUAUAUAGGAUAUACAUACAUUCAUAUAUACAUUAUGUAAGGUAUAUGUAUAUGUGUGUAUGUAUGUAUGUAUGUAUGUAUGUAUGUGUGUGUAUGUAUGUAUGUAUAGACAAGAGAUAAAAAGGCAGGGUGUCCGUAAAAACUAUCGUGUAAUACCUCUCCGACGAAGGCAGUAGUGCUGUAGUGCACAUUCGCGAUGUGUAUCAAGACAUUUAUUUUAUAGACGUAAAUGUAAAUCACGCAAACUGUAAAUAUAUCAUUUGUCACGCGCCAUUUAUCGGAUUCAAUCCGUUUCAAUUAUAUCGAAAAGAGUCACACGUGUUCUUUGUUCCCUUGUCUUGCUUUUUCCUUUUCGCGAAUUGUAGAGGAAGAGCAAAUCGGCAGAUGGAGGGACGGAAGAGACAAAAGAAAGGACAACAAAGGAGAGAAAGAAUAAGAAUAGCGGCAGUCGCCUGCCUUCGUCGAAGACGGCAAUCAAUGUUUUCGAGCAGCCUGUGUACAGAGAAUCUAAAAAAAAUUAAUAAAGAAAAGGGGAGAAGGGGGAGAAGGAGAAAGGGAGAAAAGACGAAAGGGGAUGGAAGAGAAACGCCUUGUUGUAGAGAGGCGCAGCAGCUAUAAGUAACGUUUUAAGGCUUUAACGAUGAAUUAUCAACAAAAUGUUAUGUAUACAUGUUAAUAAUAACGAUAAUUACGAUGACGAUAAUAAUGGUAAUAUUAAUAAUAACUAUUUAAAAAACGACGACGGAAAGGGUUGAUUUGUCCGCUUCGCGGAUGCGAUCGCGCCGAGAAUGAGAAAGAGAGAGAAAGAGGGAGGAAUGCAGUCAUUUCUAUUCGAGGAUACUCGAGCUCGGAAACGCUCCAUCCUCUCGAUCAUCCUCUUAUCGUCCAUUCGCGAGAUAAGACGAUAGCGACAAUGGUUUAUCGCGCCCGACACGCCGAUUGCUCGUCGACGAUUCCGAUUUUACCAGGUCUCCUUCCUUCUUCCUUCGUUCGGUCCUUACUGAUUUCGGUGCUACUGCUGCUGCUGCUGCUGCUGCUACUGCUGAUUCAGCAAUAAUAUUUCGAGAGACGAAACCUCUUCGUCUUUCCGACCGCGAUCCUCCGCAAUUAUUCCUCCCUUCGAUCCCGUCCCGACGCGCGAUAUUUGCGAAUAUAUGCCUGCAGGUGCCAUUCCGUCGCGAUUUCCGGAUGCGACGAAAUUCACGAGAGAGAAAGAGAGAAAGAGAAAGAGAGAGAGAGAGAGAGAGAAGAGCUUUUCAUUGUGUCGAUCAGCAGAAUAUUCGAUUGCUUUCGUUCGCGCCGGGGUUCAUUUUAGGAAAAAUUUUAGGAACCAAUAUUUACACGAUCAAAAUCAAUAUCAAUAUGUUAGAUAUUGAUUUUUGUUUAAAUUAUUAAACAAUCUGAUUAAUUAUGUGUUUGAUCAUAACCUUAUUUGGCACAAAAAUAAAAUAAAGGAAUAUUAUUUUUCUUUCUCUUUUCAAAUUGUAUCUAUCGCAAACAUCUGCUGCUCAGCAUAAUUUCAUGAAACUGUUAAAAAUAAUGUUAUAAAUCAUUGGGGAAUCAUUGGGGACCACGAAUCAUUAGUGCGAUGCGAUUUGCUGCAUCCGCGAAAAUCGCAAGGAUGAAAGGGCCGAUCGACGAAUGAGAAAUUCUUCCGAAGUUGCACGAAAUGGCUGCACACCCAAGUUAUAAUGUUUAAAAAACAAUCAUUAUAUGUUUAUGAACUUAUGAACACAUAGCUGUACGUCAUAUCUUAACCGUGUCGACGUAUUCUUCAUUAUUAACGAAUAUGAUGAUAAUGCUGCGCUUUGAACAAUUGUACAGUAUCGAAUAAAAAAUACAUUGCGUAGUUGAAUCGAAGUUAUGAAGAGGCGACAAAGAAGGGGAUCGAUUAUAAUUGUCUUUCUUUCUUGUUUGCUUUCGAGUCAAAUAGUGAUUUUCCUUCGAUUGUAGAAUCCCUAUAUAUUCCGUAAACAUCGUUUCUAAUGGGCAAAAGCCACGCGUUUCAAUUCCUUCUUUUAUUUUGUGCCAUUAAUGCUGCAUGUAAAAAAAACGUGAAGAAAAGCUUUAUUCGAUUACGGAAAGGAGUUACGCGGUAAAAAAUUUCAAACACUUAUUGACGAUCGAAUAUAUAUUGUAAUGCGCCUUCCAGGAAGAGGAUCAUUAUAUAGCCUAAUAUUCGUAAAAUUCAAACAGGAGGUAAGAACAAUAAACUUGCUAUUGUAUACCGGUGUGCACUUUUAAAAAAAUACUUUUUACUCUGUUAAGAAUUUUAUUUAUGUUAAUUUUUCUUACUUGAUUUCAAUCUAUACCUCCUUUUAUUGACAAUCACGUGAUUUUGUAGUACAUUUUAAAAUAAUCAAAUAUUAAAUAUUUUGAAAAUAUAUACAAUUUAAAAAAGUAUUUUUAUAAUUAUAUAUCAUUUCCUCAAUUUUUUAUUUACUAGUGAAUGUACAAUCGAUAUUUCCUUAUAAUUUCUUAUUGCAUUCCAAAUUUUUAAAAUCUUUUAUUGUUUAAUAAUGCAACAAUCCCACAGUUAUAUUUAUUAUCGAAGGCCUUGUAAUAUACAAAAAAAUCAUAUUGCUAGAGAUGUUUUUUUAGUUAUCUGUGUUUUCCUCUUAUAAAUUAUUUUCUGCCGUGUGUGUGACAGUUAUAUAAAAUAUGUGCUUCCAUCAUUACAUUCCAUUAUUCAUUAUUAUUAUAUUAUCCCAUUAGAAAAUCACCGCUGUGUUAGCAAUAUAAAUUAUAAAAAAGUAUAAAUAUACGUUUCUUGCGAUCGUGUGAUCGAAAGUAGAAGACACGUCAGUAUAUGUAUGUCCAAUUAUUAUCGCUUCGUAAUUAUUUUAUUCGCUAUCCAUUCGUACAAGUAUUGCAAUUUAAUGUAUAAACAAUGUCGGGCGCGCGCAUCAUGUCGAGAUUUAAAGUAAAACGCGACAAUACCUACACACUUUUAUCUAAUGGAAUAAAGUCACUCUGAAAGAGAGAGAGAAUGCGAAUGAGAGAGAGAGAGAGAGAGAGAGAGAAAGGGAGAAAGAAAGAGAAAACACUCUGUAAUAUAACACACUAAUGUUAAAAAAACAAAUGAAAACAUCAAUUUCUGCGUUUUAGCGUACAACCUGUAUAUUUUUCAUUUGUCCAAAUUAUGUGUUGUUUCUGUGUGUUAAUCGUUAUAAAAAUGUGAGAAUAAAAGAUAUAAAAUACGA